UGAAUGGUCGCGAUACGAGGACGAGAGCCUGAGGAGCGCUGGGCUUCCGGGACAGGACAAUCCGCGAGGGCGAUUCGAAAUCCGCUGCCUCGUCCGUGCGCUCGUCCACGAUCGUCUCUCGGCGUUGUCGCGUACCCGCGACCGUCAUCGCCGUCGUCGCCGCCGCCGCCGCCGUCGUCGUCGAUCCGUCGAACGAUCGCGAUAGAAUCACGCCGAUGCGUCGGGCGCUGCGCGUUCCUCGCGAGUGCUGCUGCAGUUGUAGUAUCGAGAGCGGCACGAUCUCGUUGUAGAGCGCGUUCCUCGCGCGGGCUCCUACGCGUACUCCCGCCUGACUCGAGGACAAUAACGGAGUCGGAGUCGUCAGCAUCACCGCCGCCGUCGUCGCCGCCGCCGCCGCUGUCGUCGUCGUCGUCGUCGACCGCCGCGUGCAUCCCGCCCCCGAUCCGCUUGGCUCCAUUAUCCCGGCGACACCGUCGCCGCGCCGAGGCGCCGAGGGAACCGUCUCGCGGCUCUUGCAUCUGAAGCAGCGGCGGACCGGU